GGUGUAGUGGCGUCAAGCUGUACUGAACGUCUGGGAUUUUGAAGUUUCUUGUGAUGGCACAAAAGAACAAGAUUUCCGCUGUGGAAGUUUCAAGCAAGAAGUUGUUAAAACCAAAACUAAAGUCUAAACAAAAAAAGAUACAAGGAUCUAAAAAGAAGAAUGCUUUUGAAGACAACUUAUUAAAAGGAAAAGAUGCUGGACAUUCAGAAUUUCAGACAACUGAACUUCCUGAAGAGGAAUUAGAACCUAGAAUACAAAAGAUAAAGAUCACCUUGGGAAAUGAGAAAGAUAAACAGUACAAAAGUAAGUUUGUUACCAAGGACAGCCAAGAAGAGUCUUUUAGUGAUGCUUCAUCCUCAACAUCAGAUGAUAAGGUUAAUGGAGAGGAUGAUGGACAACUGGCAAUUAGAAAGCCAAGAUACUGGUUAGAAAUGAAGGGGAUGGAAGCAUAUGUAGAAAAAUGUAAGCAGCAAGUAGUGACCAAACCUGCGCAAAAGAAGAGGAAAAUGGAUGCUGUUGACACUGAAUUCCCCAGGAAAGGAAGAAAACUUACAGUAACAAAUAAGCAUGCUAAAAAGAGAAAAUCCUUUAAAGUCAAUACCAAAGCACAACAACCAAAAUCCAGAAAUCGCUGUCGGUAUGUGAGAAAGGAUCCCCCUUCGUAUCCAGCAGGAAGUCGCGAGGAGCACUGGUAUCUGGAAAUUCUGGAAAAAGGAAAGAUUACAUGUCCCACUUGUAAGGCUGUCAUGAGGAAGACAGUAGAAGGAUUGAAAAAACAUAUGGCAAACUGCAAAGAGGAACCCUUCAUUUGCCAACACUGUGGAAAACAGUUAAAGUCUAUAGCUGGGCUCAAGUAUCAUGUAAUGGCAGACCAUAACAACAUGCCCAUUUUAAAGGAUGGGGAUGUAAUUGAUGAACAGAGUGAAAGAGACAGACUUCGGAAGGUGUUGAGGAGAAUGGGCAGACUGAAGUGUCUCCGGGACUGUGGUGCCAGCUUCACUAGUAUAAUGGGUUACCUUUAUCACCUGAAGAAGUGUGGCAAGGAAGAAUCUGAGCUAAUAAAACAAUUGUAUAAAUGCCAACACUGUGGAAAGCUGUACAAGUCAAAGGCAGGCCUGGAUUAUCACUUGAAAUCAGAGCAUGCCCCGUCACCGGAAACUACAGAUGAUGAAGCUGCUGAAAAAGAAAGUGAACCAGAUGUGGAGAGAACAUCCAGUGGAAGAGUGCGGAGAAGCUCUGCCAAACUGGCCGUUUACCACCUGCACGAGAUAGUCGCAGAUGAACUUGCUCGAGAAUGGCCUCGAAGGAAGAUCCAACGGGACCUGGUACCAGAUGACGACAAGCUAAAGUAUACUCGGCCAGGUUUACCUACGUUUAGUAAUGAAGUGCUCCGCAAGUGGAAGGAUGAAAUGAAAACUUAUAAGAGAGUACAGUGUCCAAAUAAGGAUUGUGCUUCCAAUUAUACAAGCAUAUCAGGGUUGAAGGCUCAUCUUGGUUCUUGUACAAGGGGAGAGUAUGUUGCUGGAAAGUAUAAGUGUCUGCUAUGUGAAAAAGAAUUCAGCUCUGAGAGUGGAGUAAAAUAUCAUAUUAAUAAUGUACACUUUGAGGACUGGUUUCUUCCGACUUCUAAAGCAGCUAAAGAAUUCAAGCCCUUGGUGAAAUUUAGCAAAAAACAGCCUAAAAUAUCAAACAAGAAAAAGUCAUCAUCAAAAGUUGGCAAGAAACAGAAUGCCCAAAUAGCUUUAUUGAAAGAGAUGUCCUUCCUUAAAAAAGUCUGUGAGAGUUCUAAAGAACAUGAUCAAUAUAGGUUUACUGAUAGUGAGGAAGAACAAGAUGAACAAGAAAAGGUUGGAACCUGGCAUCUCAAAAGACCAAGUGCAAAAGCUGAAUUAAAGACUGAUCAAGCCAAGAAAUAAGCAAUUGUGGUGGAUUAAAGAAUAAUAAAUGGAUUAUUUAGCUUGACAGACAACCACAAGCUGCAUGGGCAUUGAUUAAAACACAGUAACAGAUCUGCAGAUAAGUAUAAUUUGCAUUUGUUGACAAGGUUUUUUUUGUAAUUUUAAGUUGUGCACUCAUGUUCAUGUGUUCUUGGGAAUGAGGAAUUGGACCACAUUAAUUUUUUUUGCCAUACAUAAUUUGGAAAAAUGAAAAUAAAAUUCAGGUUGUGUGCGUACAUUUAGUGAAGACUUUGGGUGUGUUUUGUGUGUAAUGUAAACCUUCUGCUUCACACUCCCUUAAUAGUUAUAGUUUAAUAUCCACAUGAUAGAAAUGUUGUGCUGUUUUAAGAGGAGAAAAUUGUUAAUAUAAUUUCACAUUUCAUAAAUAAGAAUCUGGAGUCUCAGUAUAAUUCACUCCAGGGGUGAAUGUGCUCAUUUUUGUGUGCCACUGGUUUGGAAAGGGUUAGAAAUCACUGGUGCUACGUACUGACAGUGAUCUGAUUACUUCAUAUAUUUCAGUCUGUUUCUUUGUGCAAAGGAAGAAUUCAGGCUAGAAAUCCCUCUAUGACAGAAUGCCACCUGUUUCAAGAGGUACAAAGAAGACUGGUUGUAAUCUUAGGUGUUAAAAAAUGAACAUGUUUGUUUAUUUAUUUAAGAUUUUUUUGUGUAACAUUAGAAAUGUUGUCUAGCGGUGGCUAGUUAGUAAGUUGUGCUGAUCUAUAACGCCUUAAAUUUUCAGGGCAACGAAUAAGAAUACUUGAUGUAGAAUCAGUCUCAUCUUCUGACAUUUUCAUAAGAUUGAUUCUAGAUUGUUGGUAGUAUUGGUGGUUCAUUGGUAGCUUUUCAAAUAAAAAUAUUGCAUUUUGUUUCAAUAGCUGUCUACAUGCGCUAUACUAAAUGCAACAAUUUAAUCUCCUUUAUCCAAUUGUUACAGAAAAGGAUAUGUAAUUAUCAAUAGCACAAUUUUCAAUUUAUUCCAUUUAACAGGAAUACCUCAAACCUCCUGAGUUUUCUACUCUUGAUGGAAUAAGUAAACUUUAGAUGAAAAAGUGUUCCUUUAUUAUAGUGUGCUGAAUGAUAGCAAUGUGAGCUAUAUCUGCAUGUCGUAAGGAACCUACUGUGAUAUCCCAUUACUUGGACAUCAUGAAUAAUGUAUUUUUUAUGUGAUGGCUUUCAUUAUUUACAACAUGAAAUUUAUCUGAUAAUGUAGUAAACACAGUCACUUUUAAUAA